AUACCACAAACCAUCAGACGGCAGAAACACACCAGGAAACAUCUUCAUCAUGUCGGAAACAAUGUUUGCAAAGGCUCUCAUGUCGGGCUUGGAGAAGCGUCCCUCCAGACUGAGUAGUGAUCACGUCUCGGACCCCAGGAAAUACCCUGCUCAGGCUCCUUACACUCUCCCCAAGCCAGUUCACCCUUUCCCCCGCCGCCAAAGACCCGCAGCCGGCGGCCAGUCACAAACCGUCAAUGUCACCCUCAAGCCGCUCAAGGGCUCCGACCAGCUCGACCUCCCAAGUCAAUCUCCCAACACCACCGUCCUCGAUCUCAAGUCACAAUACGCCGAGAAGUUCAGCCUCGACAAGACCAAGAUCAAGGUCCUCCUGAACAAGAGACCAUGCACCGACCUCAAGACCCUCAAGGACAUCCUGCCCGACCCUCUCCCAGCCCAAGCAGACUUUAGCCUCAUGCUUCUCGCUGGCGCCUCAACUCCAAGCACUGCUUCAACUCCCGCCCCUGCUUCGCCUGUAGUCAAGCCUGAGGAAUCGCAGAAGCUUCCGCCUGAUUCGGCUCCUCUGUCCGAACACGCACAAGCAGAAGCCGAGGCUCUUCCCCACGCCCACGAUACCGCCACUCAGAUGUUGCAGUCUGACGAAUUCUGGGCCGAUCUGAAGGACUUUUUGGUUCAGAGACUGCGUGAUGAAGACCAAGGCGAGAGACUCAUUCGUCUGUUCCGUGGAGCUUCUACAUAGCAUGCUUUGACCAGAUAUCAUUUUUCUGCAUGGCCAUCGAACAUGUCUUGAUAGUCGUCCCACCUCAUGGCUUCCUUGAAAAUAUCAAUCUUAUCGCAUAUACCCCCAAAUCUGUCUUUUCUAGUCUCACGGAGUUAUGAAACAAACAUUCAUCGCAAAGCAUUGCAUCUCUAGCUGACUCAAUGCACAGUGAUUUCCAAAAUCGGCGUCACAUUCAGUGAAAGCAGUUCGAAAUGAGCUCUCACCGGAUCUUCUCCAGCCUUCAAACAUGUUCCUGCCGUUCGACAGCUGAAUAUCUGAUGAGACACGUGGUUGAAGUACACGUUUUACCCGAUACAUACAGCGGUGGAAGGAGCGAUGGCCCCGCAGCUACAAAGCAGCUUCUGUUGGCAUUAGUAGACAUCUUAAUAACAACAACAUUACUGAACAACAACAUU